GCAGACACCUCACAAUCUCAUGUGCCAAGUGGACAGUGUGUGUUUAACUAUAAAAAAAAUCUAUCGAGAUAACUGCCUCACAAUGCAACACGGGCAUUGCCUGCUCAAUAAGAAAUUAUAGGAGAAACAGAGAUAGAGAGAGAAUCGGUGGUGGGGCGGAGGUUGGGAAAUAUCUUUAUCGCGGAGCAAAUCUGCUUGCAGCGCCGAGAGUAUCAAAACACUGUGCAGAUUAAGGUGUCUAAAUCAUAUCGCAGUCCCUGGCACCAAGUGAUCGCGGGAAAAUACAGUCUGGUCCGCAUUCAUUGUUUAAAAUGGGAAGUUGUUAGAUCAUUCAUAGAGAAUUCUGCACGCUGUUCGUUAGCACCCCCUCCCCCUACCCAGAAUAAAAGGUGUGUAUGUAUGUGUGUCUGUGUGUGUGUGCACUGCAAAGGUAUUUAGUGGGUCUGCUGCGUUUUCCCAAACGAACACGCCCAAAUAGAUUCGGUAGAUAUAUAGAACCUGGGAGAAGAUCCAGCUCUCAUUGUGGGAAUGCCUAGACCCUGUGCGAUCUCCAACCUAGCCUCCCAUUGCAGUCUCCAUACGUGUGACACGCAUACAGAUGAUGGAUAAUCUGUAAAAAAGAGUGCAGGAUAUCGAUUCUCCACUGGGAUUUACAAUACACGCUGGUUUGAAUGUGGGUGCACGGUAGCUGAGAUCACAAGGGUCAGUUGGUUUCUCAGUAACUUGGACUUGUUUCUGCCUGGAACUCUGAUUAACAAGCAGACGAGAAGAAUUGCAUUCACCACACAAUUUUAAGCAUGAACCGAAAAACGCGGCGCUGGCUCUUUCACAUUUUCCUCUGCGUGGGAAUCGUGUAUCUUAAAAUAGGGGGAUUCUCUUCGGUGGUGGCCCUGGGAGCGAACAUUAUCUGCAGCAAGAUACCGGGUCUGGCGCCUCGUCAGCGGGCGAUCUGUCAGAGUCGUCCCGAUGCCAUUAUCGUCAUUGGAGAAGGGGCUCAAAUGGGAAUCAAUGAGUGUCAAUUCCAGUUCCGAUAUGGGCGGUGGAACUGCUCUGCACUCGGCGAAAGGACUGUUUUUGGCAAAGAACUCAGAGUUGGAAGCAGAGAAGCAGCCUUCACUUAUGCUAUUAUUGCUGCUGGAGUAGCUCAUGCCAUUACUGCUGCAUGCACCCAGGGAAACCUGAGUGACUGUGGCUGUGACAAAGAAAAACAGGGUCACUACAAUCAGGAGGAAGGCUGGAAAUGGGGAGGCUGCUCUGCAGACAUCAGAUAUGGAAUUGGAUUCUCCAAAGUAUUUGUAGAUGCAAGAGAAAUCAAACAGAAUGCCAGGACACUCAUGAACCUGCACAAUAAUGAGGCAGGGCGCAAGAUCCUUGGAGAAAAUAUGAAACUGGAAUGCAAAUGUCAUGGAGUGUCAGGAUCAUGUACCACUAAAACAUGCUGGACAAUGCUUCCCAAAUUCAGAGAACUGGGCUACAUUCUGAAAGAAAAAUACAAUGAAGCAGUUCAAGUUGAACCAGUAAGGACGCAUCGAAACAAGCGACCAGUCUUCUUGAAGAUUAAAAAGCCACUUUCAUAUCGUAAACCUAUGGUUACAGACUUAGUCUACAUUGAGAAAUCCCCUAACUACUGCGAGGAAGACCCAAUCACAGGGAGCGUUGGGACACAAGGAAGAAUGUGUAACAAGACAUCCUCGCAAAAUAACAGUUGUGAUUUGAUGUGUUGUGGACGAGGAUACAACACUCACCAGUAUUCCAGGGUCUGGCAGUGCAACUGCAAAUUCCACUGGUGUUGCUAUGUCAAAUGCAACACCUGCAGCGAAAGAACAGAAGUUUAUACAUGUAAAUGAAAUUAAAUCCUUUAUAGGGAGGACAGUCAAAUCCUCCAAAGAAAAUACUCCUAAAUUUGCACAUGAUCUCAAUCUAGUGGCUGUGAGUUUGCAAAUAAUGUCUCGCUUUCCUAUAGAGUGCAAAAGCUUGAGGAUCCCUGUCUGAUAAUGUUGCCAGAUUGAUGAGCCCAGCUGGAUUGCAAAGAGAAUAUAGCACCUGUUGCCAUCUCCAUAAAUAUAACCACACAGAUUUUAAAUUCAUAAAGCCUAUUUCAAUUAGUGCGUUGAAAUAAAUCCAGGUCUGAACAGAAAAUGGCACAAGGUUGAAAAAGCCAUAGUGAAAUCAGCAGUAACUUGGCUUGAAAAUAAUACCCUUUAAAUAUGGACUAUAAACAGGACAGGGUUGACAAUGCCCUUGUGAGAAUUUCUGCUUUGAGUGUGGAUUAUGCAGAUUUAGGUUUCUGCAUUUGUGAAAAGCUUCUGCUUGUCUUGCCUGUCUGGAUCUCACAGGAUUGGCUACAGCAAGUAUUACUGUUUUCAGUUUCCCAUAGACACUGACUUAUCAGCUUUUUCUUUUCUGCCACAUUUUUUCACGGCCAUUAAGAAAACCAUGGUGGACUGGGGCACUUGGACAUAAUGACUGACUAUACCAGCAACAUUAAGUAAAUAGUAACGACAAUAUUUAACAAUAUAUUUAGAGAAAAAGAAACUAAUAUUAAUUUAUUUAAAAAGAACUUGGGAUACUUCUACAAAGAAAGAGUUUUAUAUUCUUUGUGGAAAAUUUCUUUAGAUACAGCAAGAAUUGAAUUUGUUUGGCUGUAUAUAUUAGGUUUUGCUCAGAUAUUUCUAACAGCUGUAUUUGCAGGAAUAUUCUAUAUCCUGCAGCAUCAGGCUUUUUACUGACAAAAGCAGGCAUCUUUUGUAAAUCUUCUGCUGUUUUGCUGCUAGUUGUCUGGAAAAUCAAACUGGUUGUGAUCCUUUAAACUACUGUAAAAAAAACUUGAUUAUUUUUCACUUUGAAAUGUCAACUAAUUAUAAGUCAUUUGAGCUAAAGAUUAUCAAAUUUGAUACUCCAGACAAAUUCCAUCAUGUGGAAAAAGGAACCAUAGGUUGAGAGAAUAUAUUUUGUAAGAGACUAUUUUUAUAUGAAUAUUUUAUUUAUACUGUUUCUGCUUGUAUAACUCUAUAACCAGUACUUUUCUUAAAACAUGCAUAAAAGCUGUGAUUAUUUGUAAUAGAUCUGAGGGAAUUUAACAGACUUAAGACUGAUUAGUUUAAGGACAGAACAGAGGCAAGCUGGAUAAAUUCAGAUUCAACUAGUAGAUGCGUCAAAAAUGCACAGUGAACUUUCUUAGAUUAGCUGUAUCUGGAUGUGUGUGUUCAAACUGGCUCAUUAUUGCAUUUCAAACUGCAGAAUAUGCAAAACAAGAACAGGGUAUGUAGCAUCAAUUUUGUUAGUUGGCUUGAAUUCAUGAUUGGUAUUAACUGGAUACUCACUUAUCCCUUUCAGAAAAAAAAUGAAAUUGCUUCCCGCAUGCAUCAGUCAUUAAAAUGUGGGGUUAUGACUAGCAAAUCUGCUGUGUGUGCUUUGAGAUAAAGCUCCAUAUUGUGAAAGUGUCAGAUUGAUUUCGUCAUUGCUAUGCUUUAGACUGUGACUGUACAAACUAGCACUAUACACACUGUCUGAUUCACACAGAUAACAGACAGAGCUGUUAUCUAUAAUAACAAUGAAAAGUGGUCUAUUUCUUUCAUAAAGAAUGCUGAGAAUUCAAGAACACAUUCACUGUUUAGCACUUACAGUGCAGGUACAUCUUGCAUAUUUUUUAAUUUUCAAGUUCCACAACCAUGGAACUUUAAGCUUCUACCAGAUUAUAUAUGAUCAAGAGAAUGCAAUUUUUUAAACUAGUUCCAAGACAUACAAAUGAAAAUAUCAGAUUUUGAAGGUUUUAUCUGGUUAAGAUAAUGGCACUUAGUUAAAAUAAUUAAUAUUCAUGGACUAGAAUGUAGUGCAAACUACGUGCCCAUUCUGAUUUCUCGCCUCUCUGAAAAUAUUCUUGAUAUUUAAUUUUGACACUGUUUCCCAGAGUGUUUGCUUUAGGCAUAUAUGAUAUGUAAUCAUCUCACUAAAGCUGAACAUCCACUUUUGAGAGUUGUCUUCCUGCCAAGAAAGGAAAAUCCUAUGCCAGAUGUCAUUGAAAAAAUUAAUAAUUAAAAACAAACUUCUCAAAUAUAGUCCACUUGUUUAGAUGUGUGUAAAAAAUACACACCAGAGUCCUGCAACAUGUAUAAUCUAUCUCAUGGACUGGACCAUGAUAAUUGCUCAAAGUUCUUGUCUAGACUUACAUGUACAUCUUAGACACAAUUGAUAUGAAAAAGACUGUUUCAUAAAAUGCAUACUGCAGCAUUAAAUAGCUUUAAAGGCCUCCCCACAUGUUAUAUAUGUCCAUGUAUCAUAAACUGCUGCACUUUGCAGAACCCCAAAUUAAAUAAUUAGCAUAAACUGAAUGUGAAAAAGUAAAGGUUGUAACUUAUUUUAUGUCCAUUUUAUCUUUAAUUUAUUCAUGCAAGAAUUGUUAUCUUCCCUACUAUAUCAAAGCAUAGCCGUCUGCAUAAUAUUAACCUCACAACAAUCUAAGCUUAUUAACAUAGUUUCUUAAUAAUUUCCAAAUAAAAUCCUCAAAGAGUCAAUGGAUGAAAUCUAUAUACCACAAAGAUAUAACCUCUAACUGAUAACCUAAGAAUAAUUCAAUCAACUUUAAGAUACACAAUGUGCUUAAGAAAGAGAGGUAUUUUAGCCUCAAUUUAAGAAGGAAAAAUCUGAACAAUAGGUAGUAAAUGGUCAAUGCCUCAUUCAUUCAUUAGCUCCUCAACCAAGCAGCCAUGAAGACUGAUGUAACAUUUCACCUUUUAAUAACAGGAUGAACGAAGACAUUGCCAACAUCUUAUGGUAAUAAUUAUGCAGCUAAAACUGCCAUUCUGAUGUCUUGCUUGGACAGGAGGAGUGGUAACAAAGUAGUGAUAGAUUGUUCUUGCAUCAGUCUGCCACAGUGACAUCUGUUUUAUUCAGAGCUCUACCACAAGUUGCUACAACAACGCCAAAUUGCUUUAGAAAAUGCUGAAUUGUUGCUGAGAGAAUCUUGACUACCCAUUACUGAAAUGUUAACUAUGCAAAACUAAGUAGCAUUUGGGAGCCCUUUAUCCAAAAGUAAUGUAAUGAUUGGAAUGGGGUUGAGGGAAAGAAGAUAUAGCAAAUGAUCGUUACAUCCCUGCUGUUGGUUUUUGCUGUCUUCAAAAGAAAACAAAAGCAAAGAAGUAGUGAAACUGUUUGAUUCACAAUUAUCUUGUUCUUAAAAUCAAACUGUAUAAAUCAUAAACAGACAAAAAGCAGAGCUUCUGUAUCUGAAGUACAACCUCCCCUAGCCAGAUCAUCUCCGCAAUGCACAUUUUUGUUGUAAAUUUGGUUUAAUGUAUUGCAGGAUGCUUUUAGUACUGCACAAUAGUAACAUUAUUUCCUCAAAUUUGUCACUUCGUUUAUCUUCCAAGAAAACACUAGCACUUCAAUUGAAAUUUCACAGACCACAUUCCCAAACUUCUCAGAGUCACAUGUUCCACAAAUUAUUGAAAAUUGUUGAAUCCAAAACCAAAGUCAUUUUUAAUUUUACAAUACCCAAGUGCAGCCAACAGUAGCUAACAAACACAUAUUCUGAAAUAAAAAUAUACUGAAUAUCAAACUAAACACAUGAUCAGAUUUCUAUGUGUAUGGACUAACAGCAGUUUUCAACAUUUCACCACGACUGGUCAUAAAUCAAAAUCAUUCAAGUCACACAAAAAAUUCUGGUUCAUCAAUUACUAAUAUUGCAAAAUCAUGUAUUUGACGGAGGAGAACAGAGAAUUUUGUUUAUGUUUUCCUCUCUGUAAUUGCAACAUUUAAAUGAGACUUCUGAAUCAAAGGGUUUGAAUGGUAUAAUACACAGAUGACAUAUUAAUUUCUAUCCCUACUUUAGUUCAGGAGGAUAUAAUUGAUGCGGAAAGAGUUUAAUCCCAGCCUAUGCAGAUGUUCAUCCUAUUCUGACAAGUACAUUUCUAGAAGGAGUGUGAGUAUCAGUUUUAUUCCAGAGAUCUGUACUUCUGAUCGUUGGGAAAAAAAAAUCAUACAAGCCAUACAGCAAAUGUUUACAUUUCAAAAUGCUAUCACAAAUCAUAUUAAACAUUAUUUUGUCAGAAGUGAAGAAAACUAUCAAGGAUUUUCUUUGCUAUGUGGCACUAGAAACUCAAAAAAAGCAUGUAGUGCUGUAGCAUCAUUUCUGUCAAUGGAUCAACUUGUAAACACCCCAUUAUAUUUAUGAUUU